UGCAAGAACCAUAGAGCACGCAACAAAUCUUCUUUACUGGGAUGGGCUUAAAAGAAGUCCUAAUUAGAAAAAUAGAAGCUUUUAGACUUCUACAAACCGCCAAAAUGUUUCGCAAAUUUAACUUAAAUUUCACCAAAUCUAACUUACCUUUCUUCUUUAACGCGCCAAAAAUAUUCACCAAACUCAAAACUCAAAAUCCAAAAUAUUUCAUUGCCAUGUCAUCGAUCCGUGCAACAGAAAAUCAACAAAUCAGAACCCACCUGACCCCACCACCACCGCUUCGAUAGUUUCUAUAUAAACUCACCAAUACCCUGUUUCAUAGCCACACCCUCAUUUUCGAUAAUUUCAUUCCUUUGUUAGGGUUUUCAAAACCCUGAAUAGAAAUCAAAAGAUGAGCUCCGCCGCAUCGCCUUCAACCAAGGGUAGGAAAGGAAAGUCCAAGGCCUCCAAAUCCGUCUCACGUUCCGCAAAGGCUGGCCUUGAAUUCCCUGUUGGCAGGAUCGCCAGAUUCCUCAAGGAAGGAAAGUAUGCCGAGCGAGUCAAUGCUGGUGCCCCUGUGUACCUAGCUGCUGUUCUUGAAUACCUAGCUGAUGAGGUGUUGGAGCUUGCUGGGAAUCAGGCAAGGCUGAGCAAGAAGAACCGGAUUUCACCAAGGCAUAUACAACUGGCAGUGCGAAAUGAUGAGGAGUUAACCAAGCUGUACGGGAAUGUUAUCAUUCCAAGUGCUGGAGUGGUACCAAAAAUUCACCAGAAUCUUUUUCCGGCGAGCAUUUUAGAGAGGGAGAAAGAGGCCAAAAGAACAUCUCAAGAUUUCUAGGCAUGUUUGGGUUUAAUCUGUUGUUGCCUUUGUCAUGGUUGACUGAAGUUUAAUAAAUUCCCCCUUUUGGACAGCA